AUGGCUCCUCAUGAAGGACUAGUGCACCCAAAGGAGUACGAUAUCAAAGACAGCAAUGUGGAGCUGAUUGGAUCCGACCUCGACCACCGCGUCAAGUACAAUUCAGCUGCGUCGGAGCCCGCCUGGAAUGACGGGAAGGUGGGACAGCAGGCCGGGCUGUUUGUUUGGCGGAUCGAGAAUUUCGAAGUCAUCCCCUGGCCCAAGGAGAAGAAUGGCCAAUUCUACGAUGGUGAUAGCUACAUUGUUCUGCACUCGUACAAGGUCGGCGACCACGACAAGCUAGGCCAUGACGUCUUUUUCUGGCUGGGCGGCAAGACCACCCAGGAUGAGGCCGGCACUGCCGCUUACAAGACCGUUGAACUCGACGAGUUCUUGCAUGGUGCGGCGACGCAGCAUCGCGAGGUCCAGCAGCAUCCGUCAGACGAAUUUCUCGCCCUGUUCCGCCAUAUCUCGAUCCGGUCUGGAGGCGUGCGCUCUGGAUUCCACCAUGUUGAGGAAGAAGAGCCCAAGGAGGUGCUGAUGCUACUGCGCAUCUUCAAAUAUCCCGGCGCAGGCCGCUUAAACUCCACGAUCGUGCACGAGGUGGAACCCACCUGGGAGAGCCUCGACGAGAACGACGUGUUCGUCUUGGACAAGGGCGACAAGAUCUGGGUGUGGCAAGGGAAAAACUGCAGCCCGAUGGAAAAGGCCAAAGCCGCGCAGGUGGUGAAUGACUUGACGCUGGCGAAGCACGUCGACGUGGAAGUGCUCUCGCAGCUCGAGUCCAGAUCCCGGAUCAUUGUCGAUCUGUUGGGAGGCAAGGAGGCUGCCCAAUCUACACUCCAGGCUCCGCGGCCUGGAUUCUUCUCGAAACGGGAGGCUGUUCACAGUGGGAAUCCGCGCAAACUGUUCCGGCUCAGUGACUCCACGGGGACGCUAUCCUUUGACCUGGUCAAGGACGGGGAACAGGUACGGACAUCGGAUUUGGAUGGAGAUGAUGUGUUUCUUUAUGAUGCUGGGAACAGGAUCUGGGUCUGGCAGGGCGAAGGGGCGAGUGAGAGGGAGAAGGCGCUGUGGCUCAAGGUCGCCCAGUCGUAUAUUCGGCGCCUUCAAGAAAGCCAGGAAGGCUCGGAGUCGUACCUGACUCCGAUUGCGAAGGUUUCGCAGGGCCAUGAGAGCCCAGCAUUUCUCAAAGCCCUGGAGGCCUAA